CUAGUUUACUUCAAGAAGACAUGCCUUACUCCGAAGUCACGCCUCUGGAUUGCCCCUUUGCGCUAACUUUCUCAUGGUCCCGUCGAAUCACUGCACUGACCGUCUUCUUCUCCUGCCUUGUCCUCCUAAUAGUAAUAAGCCGUAGGCUGUCAAUGUUGUCUAGAGAUCAGACCGAAAGCCGGGGAUCCAAGAUCACUUUCGACCCCAAAGACCAAGGAAUUGUCAAGCAGAAAUUGGAUGCAAGGGAGGUAAAAAUAUCUAGACUCUUCGUACAUCCGAUCAAGAGCUGCCGUGGAAUCUCUGUUCGGACAUCACGCUACACACAGCUGGGCCUUGAGUACGACCGUCAAUGGUGCAUUAUUGAUGCUCAAUCGCAUGCUAUAAUCACAGCCCGAGAGUUUCCAAAGAUGGUUCUAAUCACGACUCGUAUCGUUGAGAACUCGAAUGAUCGAUAUGGAGGGCAGCUGGAAAUCACGUUUCCUAAAGAAUCUGGCUGUGAAGCAUUUUCUGUUCCGUUGAAGCCAAACCCCGAAACCCUCGAAAGAUGGUCAACGGUAGAGGACUGUACCGUCUUCAUAUUCGCUGAUAUCGACGGCUAUAUAACCCAGCCCCACAGCUCAUCACCCUUCGUAGACUCAUCGUUAUGUUCCGCAACUUUGUCACGUUUUUUCGGCAAGCCGGUUCAUCUCAUAUACAAGGGCCCCCGCCUGCGACCUGCUCCUCCAACGUGGUCCUUCCCCAACCUAAAGGUUGGCAUAAACUAUCAGGAUGUCUAUCCUAUUAUGGUCGUGAGCAAUGAAAGUUUUUUAUGCGCCAAGGUCAUGGUAGCUAGUUGGUGCCGAGAACAAGAACGAGAAGAGCUGAGAGAUUGGGAUACGGAUUCGCUGGUGCUGGAACGGUAUAGACCAAACAUCGUGUUUGAGGGGGCGUCUCUGCCAUUCGCCGAAGAUAUGUGGAGAAAAAUGACUAUCUCAUCCCCCACUCCACACGGGUUGUCAAAUGCCCGCUCGUUCACCCUGGUGUCUAAGUGUACAAGAUGCUUGUUGCCUAAUAUCGACCCCGCAACUGGAACAAGGAACUUGAAUAUUCCUUCCAAGCCUUUACUGAAAUUUCGCAAAGAUUUGGACCCUGGACGUCUUGGUUAUUCUUGUUUCGGGUGUAACGCUGUUCCUGCAGAGGCGGGAAGCCUAACAAUCGGGGAUGUGGUCUCUGUGCAAACCUGGGGGUUCGUGUAGUGAUCAAGGUUGACUAUCAAUGUGGGUUAUGAACAUAAAACACAGCAAACGUAUCACAAGAUUACAGAGAUGCUCCUAUAUGUAAUACAUAAAUCACGAUGGCAUGAUUACUUGUCCUGUUCAUCUUUCUUCUGUUUCU